GUUGGCAUCAAUAUACCAGCACAAGCACGUGUUGUUAUCAACAAUGUUUUAAUUUUUUUUACUGAAAUGAAAAUAGAUCCUAAAAAGUUAAAAAGUGUUAAUUUCUGCCGUUCUCGUGAACUUGCUGCGGCGAUAUGUGGUGUGAGUGUUAGAACGGUCGACAAAAUUAAAAAUGAGUGUGUAAAGGGAGAAGUUAGCUCUCCACGAGAAAGCAUCAAUCGGCCUUGUACAGUAACUGCGUUAGACGACUUUGACAAAAGUGUAAUUAAACAAAUAGUGUCAUCGUUUUAUUGCGACGGUGAAUAUCCUUCCACGGCUAAAAUUUUGAGUAGAGCAACAGAAAGAAUUGACGGAUUCCAGUGUUCCAUUACUUCUAUGCGUAAAAUACUCAUAGAACUUGGGUACAAGUACAUACAAGCUUCAUAUGGUCGUAAACAAUUGAUGGAAAGGACUGACAUCGUUUGUGCGCGGCUACAAUUCCUGAGAAAACUCAAGACCCUGAGAGAUAGUGAAGACACUCGACCAAGAAUUUAUUUAGAUGAGACUUGGGUGAACCAAAAUCACAGCCGCAAACGAAUUUGGCUAGACAAGGAUGGACAAGGUGGCUUAAAUACAAAAACGGAAAAGAGGGGCAAGCUAAUUGUUCGUCAUGCAGGCUGCGCAAAGUAUGGUUUUAUACCCGAAGCCAGAUGGGUCUUCCGCGCUGUGAAGUCUCCGAACGAGGGCUACCAUUCAGAAAUGAAUGCCAAAGGCUUCACACACUGGUUUACAAAACUGCUGCAGAGUCUUGAAGAACUAUCAGUCAUCAUAAUGGACAACGCACCCUACCACUCCCAGCAAAUAAAUCAGGCACCAACAUCAGCUAACAAAAAGAGUGAAAUUCAGGAGUGGCUCCGCGAACACGGGAUUGAGUUUAGUGAGAGUGAGCUCAAGCCGGAACUAUUACAAAAGGUGCACCGGAACCGACCAGAAAAAAUAUACGAAUUGUAUCAGUUAGCUUUGGAGUCAGGACACGAAGUGAUUCGCUUACCACCUUACCAUUGCCAAUAUAACCCAAUUGAGUUGGUAUGGGCUCAAGCAAAAAAUGAAGUUGCCAGCAAAAAUAGAACUUUUAAAAUUGCUGACGUCGAAGUGUUAGUGCAUAAGGCAAUUUCGAACGUUUCGCAAAAGAACUGGGAAGAUUGUGUGAAGCAUGCAGAAAAACUCCAAGAGGUAGACUUGAAGAAAUCUCAUCUGGCAGAAGAAUUCGUAAUUCAUGUGGAUGACGAUGACUCUGAUGAUCCUGAUUUAUUAGUAUACUAAUAAUUUAUUUUUAUAUCAUUAUUAUCUUUUUUGCUGUUAAUUUUAAACUUAGACAAUUAUUUAUAUUUAUUUUUAAUAUACAGUGAAUUUAGGUUAUAAUGACGGCGGAGGGGGCACUUUAAUGUCGUCGCUAUAUCCGGAGGCCGCCUCCUACAUCUAAAUUAUUUUGACCUUCACCAAAUAAACAGUACUUUUUGAGCUUUUUGAGCUUUGUUAUAACAUAUAAUGCAUCUAUAGUUGUUGCAAUUUCAUUUAGAUUGCAAUCUUCUUCCUCUUCUUCAUCCUCCUCUUCUUGUGUUUGAAGCACAGACAAUAAUUUCACUAUCAGUCAAGUUAUCAGUAAUGAUAGCUUGAUCGUCAAUAUUCACAUAAGUUUCCCGUGCUCAGUAGAGGACUACUUAGCACAGAUGGUCAAGCAAAUGCUUUGUUUGUAUGUUCCUACACAGAUGGUCAAGAAAAUGCUUUGUUUGUAUGUUCCUACACAGAUGGUCAAACAAAUUCUUUGUUUGUUUGUAUGUACAUACAAAUAAAGCAUUUGCUUGACCAUCUGUGAAUGUAAACAAAUGAUGAGAAAGCUUAAUAGUUUUAUGAAAGUCUUUAUGCCUUUGCCGACUCAAUACCAAUAUCCGUAAGGGGUUUCUGGGAAUCUGUCAUAAAUAGUUCAUAAAAACAAGUCACUAUACCCGAAGUUGACGCUAUAUCCAAAGUCACUAUAACCGAAUGAAUUUUCUGGGAAAGUAUGCUUUAAAUUCAAGGGACGUAUGUGUGACUUCGCUAUAACUAAAAAGUCGUUAUAACCGAGAUCGUUAUUAAUGAAACACACUGUGACUCUAAACUUUUGUACUUAUACGUUGCUUUAUCAACUUUUUUCUUUCAUUUUUAUCACUAACCCACAAAAUGACAAAUCUAAAUACACUAUCGAUAACGCUUAUUGACAACAAUAAUGCGCAUCACUAUGCUCGUCCAUAAGGCUCGUGAGCGGAAGGAAGAGAGAGCGAAAUAUUCGCUUCACCGCUCCGACUUUUUAUUACCCAAACUGCAGCGACAAAAUAACUCUACUAUAGUUCGCUUUGUUCUUUCCCGCUUUCCACGGUUGAGUGGUUCGCGAGAUGAUCUAUUUUCUAAUUCUCGCUCUUCCUAAAUUAUAUAUUUUUUCUCUAGCCGAAACGAAUCUGUGACGAGUUAAAUUUUGCUCUCAACGCGCCUAAAGUUUCACUUCAAUAUUCACUAUAAAAAUUCAAAAUAAAAAUUCAGUGAUCCUCUUCAGAUCGAUUAGUCGACGAUUCCGGCAGAAGGGAAUAACGAAUUUUCAGUAUUAAUGUAUGAAAUCAUGU